AUGGACAUUCUCGUGGAUGAUAUCGUUGACUUGGUGUUGACAUAUCUCGACCUCCCUCUGGUGCUCCGCCUCGUUCAGGCGUUGGGACCCCACCACCCCCGGAGCCAGUGGAUCCGCCAUCGCCGACACACACUAAUCAUUGGCGGCGACGACGCCAACCUGAUACCCCCAUCCCAGUGUCAGUACUACCUUGCCACAUUCCUCAACCUCGAUGUCCGCUGGCACGGUAGUGGUGCCGCUGCCCUUGCCGAGCUCAGUGGGUACUCCGACCAUAUCCGCUCGUGCGAAUUGGUCAUUGAUAACCACUGGCGCCACCCCCCGCCCCAUAUCGUUCACAAAGUCACCAAAUUCUUUCUGAGACUGAUCGAUAUUGGUAGCGAUCUUGGUGUUAUCGGCCACUACCCUAACCUCGCUCACCUCCGUCUUCAUGACCUGCGCCUCGGCCCCUUUGCAUUCCCCUGCCACCUGGUACUUCGUCAGCUUCGUUUGGAAAACUGCGUGCUCACCCUGCUUGUGCUCCCGCCUCAUCUUGAGGAAUUCACAGUGAUCCUGUCGGUGUUCACCACCCCCAUGGCCGCCCCUCAGCAGUUACAGAGCUUAUUUGUUAGUAACUGCGAUCAUGAUGGCCCCGACGGUGUCGACUAUCAUCUCCAAUUCCUCCUUGACGUCUGCGUCAACUCCUACGCCACCCUUCGUCACUACCUCGUGUAUGAUGCUCACACUGAGCUCAUGGUACUGUCGAUGUCGGAACGCGACCCCAUGGUGGCAGUAUGCAAAGUGAUCGCUGCUACUUUGGCGUCAGCUCCGUCAAUCAUCCAGGUGAGACUCGCCGAACCGGCUUCUGCAUUCAUCGAUGACCAAACCCUCAAGCAUCGGUACCAGGAAAACAUGGCCCAGUUGGCCAUGAUAUAA